CAAAAUAAAAAUGAAUUCGAACCUGUCACCCCUACCACCAGAAUGGAAUUGACCAUUGAAGAAGGGUUAUACAUCCGGGCGGUAAAUUUUGCAAACUACUCUGAGGCUGACAGAGACCGCGAAGAAAGACAUACCAUUCGUAAUGAUUAUGGCUGACAUUUUCCUCAGAGAGGAUAUCAUUAAACUUCUAAACAACAAGUUUGUCAUCAUUAUAGGUGACUCAAUUCAAAGAGCAAUCUAUAAAGACAUGGUGAUGCUGCUGCAGAGAAACCUGUACUUAAAAGACAGACAUCUCAGAAACAAGGGUGAAAUGAGUUUUGAAAGAGAUGAAUUAAUUGAAGGUGGACGAAAAGGAAAGAUGAGUAAUGGAGUGAAUUACAGAGAAAUUCGCCAGUACCACAGGGAAAAUCAUCUGAUUCGGUUUUAUUUCGUUACACGUUGCUACAACACAUAUGUGGAAUCUAUUUUGUCAGAUCUUAGUCAUGACCCUAAACCAGACAUCAUCUUAAUGAACUCAUGCCUAUGGGACAUCAGCAGAUAUGGAAAAAAUGGCGUUGAGGAAUAUAAAACAAAUAUGGUUCGUCUGUUUGAUCGUUUUAAGGAGACUUUGUCACCAGAUUGCCUUGUUAUCUGGAAUGCCACUCUUCCUAUUUCAAAGAAUAUAAGAGGUGGUUUCUUGAUCCCUGAAGUGGAGUUUAUGAACAGUACUCUGAGACUGGAUAUUCUUGAGGCAAAUUUCUUUGCUCACCAGGUUGUUAUUUCUCAUGGAUAUGACCUACUGGAUCUUCAUUAUUAUAUGCGGAAUCAAUUGCAUCGCAGAGCGGCAGAUGGAGUUCAUUGGGAUCAAACUGCUCAUCGUCGCAUGACAAAUUUACUGUUAUCCCAUAUUUCAGAGGCUUGGCGACAGAAACUUCCAGGUCGAUCAGAGAGCAUGAAAAAGUUAAUUAUACAAGAAGAGAGUGGUAAACUCCAACAUACAUAUGGCCAAGAGCAACGAAGAGGUGCAGUAGAAUUACCAAUGUUUGACAAUGCAGGUGUAGGACUGCGAGAACCAGUGCAAAAUUACCGCUCUCCUGUCAGCAACCUGUACGCUAAUCCUAGAUACUUUAGGGAUGCCAACAACAACCCGUCAUCUGCAACAGCCCCAAAUCCAGACUCUCAGUAUAGGCACAAAAGAUCAUUCUCCAACAGAAGAGGAGUAGAGGAAGAAUCAAAUUACAACAAAUGCAAAAGGUUCUGUAGAGAAGAGAACUUUUAUCCCUUGGACACAGAAAAGACAGGCAAUCAAGAAAACAACAAUGUCACAUCUCAAUUCCAUCAUGAUCCACGGCUGCCAGAAGGUGACAGAUUUCACGUUUUGGACAGUAAUGCCAAUGUGUGUUCUGCUUCUACUUAUGCAUGGAAACCUUACAGUGAGCAAGCUGCUUCCCAAUAUGGGAAAUCAAGUGGAAUGGGCAGAAGGCAGAAUCCCUAUCAAAGACGAAAUGCUCAUAACAGAAAAUGUCACAAUAGCAAAUAUGUGUAAUAUUUCAAGUACAAACAGUAGGUGCUUCAAGAUUAUCAAUGGAAGUUAUUUCUGGAUGCCAGAUAGCAUUGUAAGGAUGUUUAACUGAUAUUGAAGAUUAGGGGAUGAGUGGAUUCAGGGGGACCCCCCCCCCCCUCCAUUUCAGUAUAAGAAAAGAAACCAAAUAGUUUUAUCUUCAGUUUUGAUGUUAAGCAACAAUUUAGAAUAAAAACUUUUCAAUUUGCUUUAAAAUAAAUGUUAUGAUAUAAAGUC